CCGUUUUGCUGAGAAAAUAGAGCGAAAAUCCUCCUACUACGAUGGCGCCGGGCACGUACAUCACCGACGUCGUCAUGGACGACGGCACCGCCAUCCGGACCACCGUCACGAACUCCGGCCGCACCGUCAAGAGCUUCCUUCAAGAGUUCCGCCAUGCGACCCGGCAAGGCCACAUCGUCGGCCUCGACACCGAGUGGCGCUUCGUCUUCCAGCCGGACGGGCGCAGGACACACCGGAUGGCCGUCCUGCAGCUCUGCAUCGGCCGCCGCUGCCUUGUUUUCCAGAUCGUCCACGCCAACUACGUCCCGGACGCCCUGCGGGACUUCCUCGCCUGUCCGGAUCACCGUUUCGUCGGCGUUGGGGUCGACGGCGACGUCAAGAGGCUGUCCGAGGACUACGGCCUGGAGAUCGCCAACGCUGUUGACCUGAGGUACAUCGCGGCGAAUGUGCUCUCCAGGCCGAAGCUCAGGGAGGCGGGGCUAAAGACCCUGGCGCGGGAGGUGAUGGGCGCGCUCAUCGACAAGCCGAAGCGGGUGACGAUGAGCAAGUGGGACGCUUGGACCCUGUCGCCGGAGCAGGUCCAGUACGCCUGCAUCGACGCGUUCGUGUCCUACGAGGUUGGCCGGCUGCUGCUCUCCGGUCAGUGCGCGGAAGGUGCGGCGACGGGUGCAACGAUCUCACCCUCCGUUGCAUCGUUGGUUCAAGGGACUUAG